AUGGCUGAAAACUUGCGGAAACUGCCCAGAAUUUCUGAAUCUGUUCUAGUUGCCGAUUCAGGUGGUGGUUGCGGUGGUGGAGAUAAUGGAGGUGAAGGUGGAGAUGGAGGUGAGGAAGACCGAGGUGGAGGUGAGGACGAAGGUGCAGGUGGAGGUGGAGAUUGGGGUGGAAUGGAAAGGGCGGUGGAGGCCGGAGGGGGGGUUGGAUUUGGUGGUGAUAUAAAUAAUGGAGGCCGACAUGGAGGUGGUGGCUAUGGAGGGUCGGGCGGCAUGGAGGUGGAGAGAGUAGCAGAGACUUGGCGGGGUGGUAGGGUGAAGCUGCCAGAAGUGGGAUGGAGGGUUGGUGGGUUGGAGAAGAAGAAGGAGAAAGUGGGGUUGUUUGAGAAUUUAGUGAUAUUCUCUUAA